AUGUUUAUAAAGCAUCUCAAAUCUUAUCGCGAAGAAAGGAAGGAAUGGUGCCCAUCAUUGAUGCCUCCUAUCUCCUCCUGCAUGCACGUUGAAACUCCAUGCAAGCAGGCAGCAAUAAAGAUAGAUGGAUGGAUGGAUGGAGAGACAAUCGGAUUGAUCGACAAGAUUAAAUUGACGGAAGAGGAAGAGGAGAAAGACGAAUUUGACGGAUUGCAAGCGGUACUGCGCAGCAAGCUUACAGCAGCAAUGUGA